CGGUCGGCAUAUUCUCUUAGAAUUGCAAUUUAGUUACAACGAGUUUUAACGAAUGUCUUGUCUAAAUACGCACGCACGCACGCACGCACACACACAAAAACAACACGCACACACAUGUACACACACACACACACACACACACACACACACGCUACCCCUCACUCUGCCUCAUUCCACAGAUUCAAGCCUGGCCACAUUAAAAAUUCAGCGUUCCUUCGUAUCUUCGGUACUGAGUGGGAGCGCGUUAGGCUACUUCUCUUUCCCACCAAGCUACCCACUCCACACCCCCGCAGCGACGCUACUCGUCUUACCCUAAACUCGCGAUCGCUAGAGGGAUAUGGGGGAGGGGGAAGGCAAGCUAAAUGCAGAACACUGUCAAAUAGGAAUAGCUGCGGAGUACUUGACUGAGUACAGCUGGGCUUAGGGGGGAAAGAAGCCAGUCCAUGGAACCCAUAUAAAUAAUCGCAUCACAUACCAGGUUGUUCAAAUUUCCCUUAGGAUGUCUAGGCAAUACUAACCGAAGAAGGGCCUGACUAGGCAACAGAGCGGAGGAGGCACCAUGGGGGACAGUGGGACCCUGCAUACAGAGGGCAACGCCCUCCUCAAAGCGGUCUUCCAGGGCAAGCUUCGGCUGGCCCGCCUACUGCUGGAAGGAGGUGCCUACAUUAACGAGGGCAAUGAACGAGGGGAGACGCCCAUUUCCGCUGCCUGUCUGGCCAGUUACGAGGACCCCCAGAGUCGGCAAAAGAUGGUUCGUUAUCUUCUGGAGAAAGGGGCAGACCCCAACAUCCCGGACAAGUCCGGCCGGACAGCCUUGAUGCAUGCCUGUGCCGAGCAAGCUGGCAAAGAAGUGGUGUCCCUGCUCCUGGAGAAUGGAGCAGACCCCAGCCUCAAGGACUACUCUGGGUCUUCCGCACUGGUUCAUGCCAUCAACAAGGGCGACCGGGACACACUGCAGGUCCUGCUAGAUGCCUGCAAGGCCAAAGGCAAGGAGGUCAUCAUAAUCACCACUGACACGUCUCCUUCGGGUACCAAAAAGACUAAACAGUACCUCAACUCUCCCCCGUCCCCAGGGGUGGUUGACAAAGUUUCCCCUGUCGCAUGCAUGUCACCCUCGGAGGUGGAGAUCCGCACCUCCUCCUCCCCAGCAGGUGAAAAGGAGGAAGAGGAAGGAAUUUUUCGCUUUGCGCUCACCUCUGCCUUACCUCUGCCCUCUGCCCGUCCUCCUGGGGAGAAACGAGCUCCCCCUCGCAAGCUCCUCAAACGGCUCAACUCGGAGCCCUGGGGACUGGUGGCCCCCUCUGUGCUGAGCGGCGCUCCACAGGACAGGGGGGAUGGCGACCUGCAGGAGGAGGACAAGGUGGUCUUGGACAUGAAUGGCCUGUCCAUCUCGGGCCCCGGCAGGCCCCUCCUGUCCCGCAGGCACAGCAUCGAGACACACGACCCCUGCUCACCCAAACUCAUCGACCGCUCCUGCUCUGAGGACUGUGCGGCCCUCUGUGGUUCCUCAUGGGCUGACAAAGUGCAACAGCACCAGAUACUGUACCGCAGGAACACUGCACCUGAAACUCAGGAGAAUGCAGCCCCGGCCGCUGUGACCGUCCGUCCCUUAGCCCACCCCAAACUGACUCGAAUGGACCACUAUGAGUCUGAGACGCACCUGUGUCCUGAGUCCAUACCGGGGUCUCCAGACUCAGGCCGGAUUUCAGUGGAGCGUCGCAAGUACAACGCCUCCCCUCUCUCCCUGCUGACCAGUUCCUCACGGGAGUCCUUGGAAAGUAUCCCAAACUCUGUGUCGCCCAUUACCAUGCGGCGUCGGCCUCCAGGGCUGCUGGAAAGAAGGGGGUCUGGCACCCUCCUCCUGGAUCACAUUUCCCAGACGAGGCCCGGUUUCCUGCCCCCGCUCAACGUGAACCCCCAGCGACCCAUCCCCGACAUCCGGGCCAAUGGCAAACCCACAUCCCCGGUGCACUCCGGCCACAAGAUCCUGGUGCCUGUGGCCCCCACGUCCCCCAAGCGGGGCCAUGAUUUCAAGCUGAAGAAGAAGCUGAUGAGGAGGCACUCCAUGCAAACGGAGCAAAUGAAGCAGCUUUCCACGUUCCAGGAGAUCCUGGCAGAGAAGGUGAUUGAGUUUACUGGGGACUAAGACAUGCAGGCGACAGGGGUUGAAGGCUGGGGAGGUGGGUGGCGUGUUGCCAGUGGGAAUAGAAAUAGCAAACGAUAAGGUCAAUUUUCCUUCCAUUACAAAUAAUUAGGAACCACUUUUUCCAUCCUUAACCUUUCUUCAAUGCCAUUUAAUUUCUCCUCUCCAGAGAAGGCAUGCCUAAUAUGUAUUGAAUAUGGAUGCUUUGCUUAUUUUGGUUUGGGUGACCUAGUUUGCUUGGUUGUUUCCUUUUUUAGUGCAGUGCAGAGCUGGAAAAUCUCAUUAAUCAUGUAGUUGGUUUGAAUGCUGAUGUUCUAUUAAUAUUUCUUUUCAGUGUAUUUUAGAUGAGGAUUUAGUUAUAUACAGUUCAUGUUUAAAGGACAAAUUAAAAAUUUUGCGACUGGAUUAGAAAAAAAUAGAUCCCUCAUAUGAUGUGGGCAUAACAGAAAUUAGGACAUGCAUGUUCUCAAAUCUGAUAUCACUAGGAUUAUCAUGAUGAAAAAAAUGUUUUUAGACGUAUGUAUGUUAACACAGCAGCUGUAAUGUUUUUCAUUUCAGAUGAGGUACAACAUUGCUAAUCGACCCUGCUCUUGGAGAUCUACCGUCUGAAAGGUUUUCCCUCCAACCCUAAGAAUGCACACCUCAUUCAACAGUUAGUAGUAUCAGGUGCGCCAAAUUAGGGUUGAAAUAAAAACCAACAGGGUGGAGGAUCUCCAGAAACAGGGUUGGUUACCACUGAGGUACAACAAACUACAAAAAUCUCCUAUUAGGACAAAUUACCAAUGAACACCUUUUACUAUCAAUUGAAGGACAAUUAUUAUAUUAUAUGUACAAUUAUUAUAUAUACUAUAUAUAGUGUAGUUCACAAGAAAUAAUUCAUUAUUGAUAGUUAUUUUAUUAAAUUCAAGUAUACUUCACCCAUACACAUCAUAGUUAUUCAAGCCACCACACAUUUGACCUACCCAUAGCAUUCUAUUAUUGCAAUUCACUGCUUUAUUAUGUACCCAUAAAGGUAAUCUAAUCGAAGAUAAAGUCAUACCAUAGGAGAGAUCUUUUUAUGAACAUAUUAACAUAUUUGACUGAAGUGCAAUUUCUGUGACUCUAAAUUCCAAAGAAACUCCAGCAAAAUGCAUAAAUUAAAAAAUAAAUGACAAAAAAAUAAA